CUCAAAAGUCAAAUCCCUAAAAAUUUCGAAAUCGGAAAAUUUACACAGAGAAGCGCCAUGACCUAAAAAUCUCAAAACUUCCCCAACAAAAAUGGCGCUUUUACUCAACCCAUUUCCUUUUACCUACCUUGUACAUUACCCCUUUUCUCAAAUCUCACUUUCCCACUGAAAUAACCCCAUGGCGGAGAAUCAGAACUGUGCGAGGAUGACGAGAGCGGCGGCGAAACGAAAAGCGUCGUCCAUGGCGUUAGACGAAAACCCAGUUAGUAAGAAGAGAGUUGUUCUCGGAGAGCUUCCGAAUAUGUCCAAUGUCGUUGCUGUACCCAAUCAAGAAAGAGAGACCCUUAAGGCUAAAACAAGUGUUAAUACCUCGAAGAGGCAGAUGAAGAAGGCUUUGAUGAUUCCUGAAGCUAGCGUACUAAUCGAAUCGAGAUCUGUUGAUCCUCAGAUGUGUGAGCCUUUUGCUAGUGAUAUUUGUGCUUAUCUCCGUGAAAUGGAGGGGAAGCCGAAACAUAGACCACUACCUGAUUAUAUUGAAAAGGUUCAGAGUGAUUUAACUCCACACAUGAGAGCGGUUUUGGUGGAUUGGUUAGUGGAGGUUGCUGAGGAGUACAAGCUUGUUUCGGAUACGCUUUAUCUCACUAUCUCCUAUGUUGAUAGAUUCUUGUCUGUGAAGCCUAUUAACAGGCAGAAGCUUCAGCUUGUGGGAGUUUCUGCAAUGCUUAUUGCGUCGAAAUAUGAAGAGAUAGGUCCUCCUAAAGUUGAAGAUUUUUGUUACAUUACGGAUAAUACAUUUACUAAACAAGAAGUGGUGUCGAUGGAGGCGGAUAUACUUCUUGCUCUGCAGUUUGAAUUAGGAAGCCCAACCAUCAAAACAUUCCUAAGACGGUUUACACGGGUUGCACAAGAAGAUUUCAAAGACUCACAAUUGCAGAUAGAGUUCCUUUGUUGCUAUCUAUCAGAAUUGAGUAUGUUAGAUUACACCUGUGUGAAGUAUUUGCCAUCUCUUUUGUCUGCUUCAGCUGUAUUUCUUGCCCGGUUCAUCAUCCGUCCAAAACAACAUCCUUGGAAUCAAAUGCUAGAAGAAUACACAAAGUACAAAGCAGCUGAUCUACAAGUGUGCGUGGGUAUCAUACAUGACUUGUAUCUAAGCAGAAGAGGAAACACUCUAGAAGCUGUUAGAAAUAAGUACAAGCAACACAAGUACAAGUGCGUUGCGACCAUGCCUGUUUCACCGGAGCUACCUCUUGCUUUCUUUGAAGAUAUUACCAUUAGAGGAAUGGCGUAAAAGAAGCUUGAAGCUUAUGUAUUGGAAGUGUUAGUUACCUGAAUUUUGGGUUGUAUAUAUCUGUUAGAAUGGCAGAUUAGUAUUGAGUAUUAUCUCUUUUAGCGUAUGUUCAAUGAUUUUUGCUAACACUAGUUAAGAAACUUUUUUUUUUUUGCUUGACCAUUUUUUCAAUGGUUUAUUAGAUUUUUAUUGAUUUGUUUUCUGCUUUUUUCUAUGAUGUAAAAGCCUCUUUAAAUCAUAUUGGAAUGUGCACAUCCUCUU